AAUAGCGCAUAUCUCACAUCUCGCCAGCGGAGCGCACACGCUUGGCGCGGGUUGUGACACUCGACUGCCGGGAGCGGAUUCGACGCAGCGGUCAAGAUGCUGGGAUUUCAACCCACCCAUCCAUCCAUCGGUGGACCAGCCGUGAUGAGGACCAUUAUUCGCCACAGCCAGCAGGGCAGCCCGCCCUCUUUACCCAGCGGUGAGACCGACGUUUACCCGGGCCUGCUGUAUGGGCACAGUUGGAGUUGCUGGUUUUACACUCGAUAUUUAAACUCGCUCGUGCAUAUUCUGGUUGCUGCUGUCAUUUCCUUCUAGUCCCUGUGUCCAGGUUGCAAGAACCGACGACUUGGACAAACCCAACCCUCACAAUGGACGUGAUGUUGCGCUCGCUGGUCACCAUCGAGUCGACACGGGCGCCUCAGCCCCAAGAGCCGGACCGCCCACCCACUCUGCCAGAAAGUGUCGCGCCCAAGAAUGGGCUCCCUGGACCGCAGCGACCUGAGCCCAUCGAGCUCGAGACAAUCACCCCAGGGCCGCCCCCGACGGACGCCCAGGCCGCUCCCCGGGCCGCUGCCGACCGGGACCUGGAGAGGAGCCGCCCGACGACGCCGCGCAGCAGCAACGGCGAGGGCUUCACGGCCGAGGUGCAGGCGACCGUGUGGGAGCCGCACGUGAACCGGUUCCGCAUGGCGGCCGUGUCUGUAAUCUUCUUCAGCAUCGGCCUCUACGACAGCGCCGCCGGCGCGCUGAUCCCCUACGUGGAGAAGCACCACUCCAUCGGCUACGCCGUCGUCUCGCUCGUCUUCGUCGGCAACGCCCUCGGCUUCAUCGCGGGCGCGCCCUUUAUCGACUCGCUGCGCCGCCGCGUCGGCCACGCUGGGGUUUUGGCCCUGGCCCAGCUGGUCAUGGUGUGCGGCCUCGCGCCUAUCGUCUGCUCGCCCCAGACCCCAUUCGCCGUUAUAGUGGUGGCCUUUUUUCUGGUCGGGUUCAGCAUGACCCUCGCCCUGGCCAUGGGCAACACCUUCUGCGCCGCCCUGCGCGGCGGCACCGCCCUGCUCGGCGUCCUGCACGGUUCCUACGGCGUCGGCGGCACCGUGGGGCCGCUCAUGGCCACCGCCGUCGUCACGAGGUCGGGCGCCAACGCCGAGACGGGCGAGCGCGCUGAGAUCUGGUCGCGCUUCUACCUCAUCUCGCUCGGCCUGGCCGUCUUCAACGGCUUCUUUGCCUACUGGGCCUUUCGCGGCUACGAAGCCGACUCGCCCCACCCCGGCAACGAUGGCAACAACAACAACAGCACGAGCGGCAGUGCCGCCCUGGCCGGGGCGCUGCGCAACCGCGUCGUGCUGCUCGGCGCCCUCUUCAUCUUCGCCUACCAGGGCGCCGAGGUCUCCAUCAGCGGCUGGGUCAUCUCGUUCCUGAUCGCGGCCCGCGGCGGCGACCCGGCCUCGGUCGGCUACGUCACGUCGGGCUUCUGGGUCGGCAUCACGCUCGGCCGCCUGCUGCUGUCCGGGCCGGGGGCCAGCCGCUUCGGCGAGCGCCGCUUCGUCUACGCCCUCGCCGUGGGCGCCGCCGUCUUCGAGGCCCUGGUGUGGGCCGUGCCCAACGUCAUCGGGAACGCCGUGGCCGUGGCCUUUGUCGGCCUGCUGCUCGGCCCCGUCUACCCCUGCGCCGUCUCCGUCUUCAUGCGGUCCAUGGACCGCGCCGAGCGCUUCGGCGGGCUUGGUGUCAUCACCGCCUUUGGCAGCUCCGGCGGUGCCGCCGCGCCCUUCACCACGGGCCUGCUGGCGCAGUUGGCCGGCACGUUUGUGCUGCACCCCAUCGUCAUUGUGCUUAUCGGUGUUAUGCUGCUCUGCUGGUGGAGUAUUCCGAAGGAAGAGAAACGAACCGAGUAGGCGACGUCGCGUGGCACGAUAGCGGUUCGUCUUGUAAUGAAGUGAAAUGCGGCAUGAUCUAGGAUAUACAUGUCUAGGUCUCUAUAUGAAUCCGGUUAUAUAUAUCUAUCCCAAUCGCUCAAGCGAAAUACCCGGGUCUGUUUGUUACCUUCUAAGCCUCUCCUCGCCGUACCUUGCAUGCAACUCAGGCGAACUUUUUGGUAACUUCCUUGACACUCGUCUUGCCCUCCAGGACAGCCUUGACUGUCUCGUGGAUGCUGGAGAAGUCGGCAAAGGUGGUGUAUGGCACCUUUUCAUUCUCACAGUACUGUACCAGGUCUGGUUGUCAUUGCCGCCUGUUAGUGUCGUUACUGCGUCUGCACCUCGUCAGAAAUAAAACAUACCCCGGCCCUCUUUGGCAAA